AGAACGACGACCAUUCCAUUCCGGGAGCGAACGCAACGCACAUAAAGUGGGACUGGGCCGUAGAAGACGGAAAGCGCCCUUUCCAAUUCUUGAGUCUUCAUAGCAGGAGACGCAGAUUAGACGCCUCAGAGUAUCGAGAAAAAAAGUAAAAUAAGCGAACAUAAAACCACGAAACGCACGACGAAUAUCUCGAAAGUUUUUAAUGUGGUUACAUAUUUGGUGACGGUGAUGAUGAUGAUGAUUGUGAUGUUGAUGAUGUUAAUGGACAGAGCAAGCCGCGAGUGCCCAAACUUUUAGUAUUUAUUUCAAUUCGGAAAACCUCACGGUGGUAGCUGGUAGCCAAAAAAUGUUCUGUUUUCUUUGACAGAAUUUUAUAGUGUUUGUAAACAGUGUGCAUUUGCGGAAGUUGCUGGUAUCGAAUCCGUGGUUUGUCCGGCAGAGCCCAGAAUAUAACUGGUGAGUUGCCAUAUCGUUCGUCGCACGGUGGAGCCAUUUCCAAAACACGGACCAAAGCAAAAGCGAGGUGAAAUAGUUGUCGCUGUUGCUGCUGGAGCUGGAGAGGGAAGAAGUGGGCGAAGACGAAUGAACAAACGAACGAGUUUGGGGGUUACUGACUGUGGCCUGGGAAAAUAGUCAAGUCAGUCGAGUGCUAUUAGAUGUAAAGCUUUUUUUUUAAUACUCAAGACCUCUGCGGUCCUCCGUUUCUGCUUUCCAAUAACGGGGCUAGUGUGCAUUUGCGAAUCGAAGAAAUUGUUUGAUGGCGGAGCCCAAUAGACACGCAGCAUCUUUACCCUGUGCUAAAUCGAAUGGAUUUAGUUAAGAUUCCGGAAAUCGGUACCACUAAAACCAGACGCUGAACCAUCUCGCAACACCUCGUCGUUACGUCAACAAUCGAGCAGCACAUAGUUCACGCACCGGUUCGCAUUACACCGGCUCAAAUCCGAAGAGAUGGAACAUUUGCAGCUACAAGCGGCAGCCACGGAACUACCCUUCUGUCGGCUUUGCUUCACCCAGGGUGUCGAGCUGUACGAGAUAUUCCCCGGGGCAGCCAACGACAAUGAAUCUCUGCUUAUCAAGAUAAUGGACUGCGUUACUGUGGCCAUAACUUUCGAUGACGACUACAAUUCGUACAUCUGCGCCAAGUGCGUUACCACGGUGGAAGAAUUCUAUGAUUACAAGGAGAAAUGCAAAGAAAAUGACACUUUACUGCGGGAGAAGCGAAAAUCCGUCGAUCAGGCCACGGCCAUCUACAACGUGGUCAACAUGCAACCGGAAGAAGAGGUAGUCAACAGCAACGGUAGCAAUGGAACGGGCCAAGAUCUUGGAACCAUCGACGAACAGCAGCUCGCAUUGGAGCAUCGUAUCAGCAUAGAUGGUGGGGCUCCGCUGAACGGUAACAUUAUCGAGUUUAAGAAGCAGCUGUUCACCGCUUCUCCAGAGCAGUUGGGAAUCUGGAUUUGUGUGGCUUCUGGCAGCGAUAUCCAAUGCCCGGCUAUGAUCCAAGUUGAUGAGAAUGUUCAGGUUGUUGCCGAAAUUGGACAACAUAACCACGGUCUGCCGGUUUCGGUUACCGAUAACCCGCCGCAGGAACCAAUCGUGAAGCAAGAGAUGGUUCAACAACCACCUGUUCAACAACAACCACCGGUUCAACAACAACAACGCCAGCAACAGCAGCAGGUUGUGGUCCCGGAACCCACAAAGGUGGCCAGCACUUCCGGCACAAGUGCUGCUCCUAGCGGAAGCUCCAGCAAGAAACGUAAAGCCAAGAACGAACCUAGCAAGAGAAAAAUCUCGAGCGACAUUCUCGUUGGCGACGGCUGGCUGGUCGAUGUAGAAUCCAAGAAACGCCAUCAUUACCAGCUCGUCACCAAGGACGGCUAUCAGACUUUCCUGAUUUUCAAUGGGUACCGUUUCCGUACCCAGCAAAAGAUACGAAACGGUAUUGCAUCUUGGAAAUGCGCCUGGAAUGGUCGCAAAGGUUGCCAGGCCAUUCUACACAUAACCGAGGACUAUCAGAAGGUAAAAGAAGUCGGUAAUCCGCACAACCACGAGCCGUCGUUGCGUGACCGUAUGAUAUCGGGUAAGCCUUCCAAUGGGGACAGCAUCAUAAUGACUUCGGACGGCGAAGAAAGUAUGCAUGCCGGAUCGGAACUGCAGCAGAUUACUAUCGUCGGAGCACAUGGCAGUAGCAGCAGCAGCAGUAACAGUACCAGUUUGCACUCGGUAGCCGGCACGACACUAGGAAACGUUGCCACAGCUACGGUUACAAUGCCGACCCAUUUGGACGCAACUUCGGUUAGCCACAGCUCAUCGUUGGACCAUCUUUCGACCGCAGAAAUAGUUGAUUUUGUCCAGCAGAGCAGUAGUGGAAGCGAUCAACUCGUGACGACCGUGGUGGAUGCCGACGCGCACCAUGCAGCCGUUGUCGGGACUGUUGGCGGUUCCGUGGUCAGUGUAGUGGACGACGAUGUCGUCAAAGAUGACACCGGCAUCUCCAUGGACAUCGAGGAGAUCAUUCGUCCCCAUGUGGUGCUACAUUCGACCAACGAAUAAAGGGCGGCACACAAGAAACAAUAUGGAAAAAGCCGGCGCAAUCAUUUCAUUGAAUUGAUUAACCUAAUUAUUAGUAGAUUACAGUGCGGAUAUUCUCAACAACCCUAAAAUAUAUAUUUUUUAAAUUGUGUAGCAGCGACGUGCGAAAAGCAGGAUCCUAGGGGGUUUUUAAGCAAGCAGACUAGCUUUUAAGAUUACACUUUACGAAUCCACAUUAGGCGAUGGACAGAAAUAAGAAGAAAAAAGUAUAGACGUUGUAGGUAAGUAUGUACUUUUAAGUCUCUGUGUAAAUUGCCAAACUUAAUAAACAGUAACCAAUACAUUACCUUUUAUAA